AAGCUGCCGCGCGGGAGCCCAAACCAGCUUUGGGGCUGUCCUCGGACCUGUCCUGGUUCCCGAGUCUCACGAUCCUGCAAAGGCCGCGGAGACACCUCUUUUUGACUAAAGGACUCAGCGUCCAGUGCUCCAGCCGAAGAAUCUAAAGGGACCUCCACUCGUGCCGCCACCAUGCCCAACUUCUCUGGCAACUGGAAGAUCAUCCGAUCGGAAAACUUCGAGGAUUUGCUCAAAGUGCUGGGAGUGAACGUGAUGCUGAGGAAGAUCGCUGUGGCUGCGGCAUCCAAGCCAGCCGUGGAGAUCAAACAGGAUGGAGACACUUUCUACAUCAAAACCUCUACCACCGUGCGUACCACGGAGAUCAACUUCAAGAUCGGAGAAGAGUUUGAGGAGCAGACUGUGGACGGGAGACCCUGUAAGAGCCUGGUAAAAUGGGAGAGUGAGAACAAAAUGGUCUGCGAGCAGAGGCUUUUGAAGGGAGAGGGUCCCAAGACUUCCUGGACCAGAGAACUGACCAAUGAUGGAGAGCUGAUCCUGACCAUGACGGCAGAUGACAUCGUGUGCACCAGGGUCUAUGUUCGAGAGUGAGUGGCCAUGGGUCUAAGAGCCAUGCCUGAGCUCACCACCAGCCUGAGCUCCUGCCUCACUGUCCCGUGGGCUGCCCCUCCCCCACCCUUCCUUCUAGACUAGCUCCCCCCUCACUUCGGUCACUUCUGGGGGUGCUGGGAUGCCUUCUGCAGGGGCUCUGCUUUUUUUUUUUUUUUUUGGCCCCUCCUCUCCUCCCCUACACCAACAAAGUGAGAUGGAUGGCACGAGCCCAGAUCACCCAUUCCAGAAUCACUCGCCCUGCCCCAAGCCUCUAUCCCAGCCCCAAAUCACCCCAGAGCACCGUCUCUCUCUUUUACCUGAGGCCCCAGGUGGGAAAGACCAGCCCUCUAUCUUCCACUCUUUGUCCCUGUAGCCCAUGCAGUGUAGAAUAUUUAUUGGUCAAUUUUAUUAAAAUGUUUUGAAAA